AUGGACCUGAGUGUCGUGCUGGGAACCGGCAACUUGCAGAGCCCAUCCCUGGACAUAAAGGGCGUCUCCAGCAUCAUUAUUCACAAGGACUUUAAAAAGCCUAGCAUGGACAAUGACAUCGCGUUGCUGCUGUUGAAUUCACGCAUCACGUUCAGCGGCCUGAAGGAACCCAUCUGCAUGCCUCGGAAGGCCAGCCCUGCUACAUGGCGCGAGUGCUGGGUGGCAGGAUGGGGGCAGACCAAAACCGACGACAGAAACUCGAUGAAAACAGAUCUGAUGAAAGUGCCAAUGAUCCUCAUGGAUUGGGAGAAAUGUUCCAAGCUGUUUCCAAAACUUACCAAAAAUAUGCUGUGUGCUGGAUAUGAGAAUGAGAGCUACGAUGCGUGCCAGGGUGACAGCGGAGGGCCUCUCGUCUGCACCACAGAGUCUGACAAGAAGUGGUACCAGGUGGGCAUCAUCAGCUGGGGAAGGAGCUGUGGAAAGAAGAACACUCCAGGCAUAUACACCUUGUUAGAAAAUUACAGCCUCUGGAUCAAGAAGGUGACUGAAUUAGAGGGAAGGCCCUAUAACGCCAAGAAGAUGAGAACUCCUCUCCAAAAGAAACUAAUAAGAUCCCAGGCCUCAGAAUCCCUGGAGCCAAGCAGCCCCAAAUUCUGGCUCCUGCUCUGCCUUCUGUCCUACAUGCUGUUCUAG